AUGAAAUUUGGAUUUACUUACUUUAUUGGAGCACCUGAGGAACAUUAUUCUCAAUUCUUGGAUGCAAACAUGGGAAUUGUUGGAAAUAAUACCCCUGCUUCUUUCAUCAUUCUUUUUGCUAUUUGCAUAUAUACCAUUAUAUCUCCUAGUCAGUCUUCCAUCUCAUCACAAUCCAUCUUCCCCACCAAGCUACAAAAUCCAAGCAAACCCAUCAACCCAAUUCAACAAUACGAGCUUCCCCCAAAGUUCAUAGCUGAAUGGUUUGUCCAAGGGCACAAGAUUGAACAUCAUGAUCCCAGCAUGUUUCAGCCACCCCAACACACUCUCAAGUGGUUCUCAAAUUCUUUCUCCAUCACCAUCUCUCUUCACCCAUCAACCUUCUCCUUCUUUAGAAACAGGCCAGGCUCCAAAUCCAUAUACUUGACCCACCACCAUUACCAAAGAAUCAAGCUUUACUGGGACUUCACUCGAGCUGAGUUCAUUCACAACUCAGCUGAGCCGGAGUCAUGUUUCUACAUUGCCAUUGCCUGCAAUGCGAAAGUAGAAUUCUUUCUUGGUGAUCUUUACGCGGAUUUGACUCGGCGAUCUGGGUUGGUCAUGACUCGGCAACUAGCUGAUCAUCAGCCGAUUCUGUUGUCUCGGAGGGAGCAUGUGUUUGGACGUAAGAGUUACGUAUCAAGAGCUAAGUUCUUGGGGUCCAAACAUGAAUUUAGAAUAGAAUGCAGUGGAGGGACGCUUAUGCUAAAAGUUGACGGCCAAAUAAGCCUCGUCAUAAAGAGAUUGACAUGGAAAUUCAGAGGAAAUGAAAGAAUUUUCGUCGGUGGCAUGGAAGUCGAAUUCUUCUGGGACGUUUUCAACUGGGUCGGCAAUAAUAACAAUGGCGGUGGCGCUGCUAGCAACAGUAAUGGUCACGGUGUGUUUGUCUUCCAAGUUGGUGAUGGCGGAGUGUGGCCGGAGAUGGUAGGACCAGAAAAAAGGUUGAUAAGGAAGAGUUUGUCAUCGGUAGGGCACACAUUGACGCCAGCAGCGAUGUCUCUUUCGCCGUCGCCGUCGUGCUCUAGCGUGUUGCAAUGGGCAGAGGAGAGUAGUGACUGUGGGAGAAGUUCAUGUUCUUCAUCUACCAGAUCAUGCGGAAGCAACGGUGGAUUCUCUUUGUUGUUGUAUGCUUGGAAGAAGGAAUAA